AAGUCUCGCGAGAAGAGGCGGUCGCUGUAGCGGAGCCUUCUGGCUGUGUGUGUGUUUGAGGAGGAUCCGGCGCCGAAGCUGCAGACGGUUUGCUGAGCCCGUUAGUGUCCCUUCGGAGACUCAACGCCGGCGUCAUGUCCCGGUACCUGCGCCCCCCCAACACGUCUCUCUUCGUGAGAAACGUAGCCGACGAUACCAGGUCUGAAGAUUUACGUCGGGAAUUUGGUCGUUAUGGUCCUAUAGUUGAUGUGUAUGUUCCACUUGAUUUCUACACUCGCCGUCCAAGAGGAUUUGCAUAUGUUCAAUAUCCUUUCUUCAGAUGGCUGAUUAGUGAGGGGUGUUGAAGUUUGAAAUUCAAGUUUUUGUAAGAGAGAAUGUAAAGCUGUACAGUUAAUGGCGACCCCAAAGAGAAAGCAUGAAAGAACCUUUAGAGUAGAGUUCAACACUUAAGGCAAGUAGACAAGCCAAAGACCUCUUAAGGAUCAGGCUUGAAGAGAAGGGAGAGUUUGGGAAAAGAAAAUAUAAAGAAAAGCUGGAAGAAGGACAAGCCUAAUGGGAGACAAAGCCUCGCUUUAUCUACAAAAGGGGGAAAAGGUUGUUUUUCAAAGUUAAAGAUAAAGCCAUCUGUCAUAUUUGGCCAAGCAUCUCAUGACAAGUCCUUCUGACAAGCACUUAAAGAGUUAAAGGUCAAGAUGAAGUUGAAUGAUGGCCAAGAUUAAAGGAGUCAUACCUGAUGAUGUUCGUGAUGCCGAAGAUGCUUUACAUAAUUUGGACAGAAAGUGGAUUUGUGGACGCCAAAUUGAAAUACAGUUUGCACAGGGGGAUCGAAAGACUCCAAAUCAGAUGAAAGCCAAGGAAGGGAGGAAUGUGUAUAGUUCUUCACGCUAUGAUGAUUAUGACAGAUACAGACGUUCUAGAAGCCGAAGUUAUGACAGAAGAAGAUCAAGAAGUCGGUCCUUCGAUUACAACUAUAGAAGAUCUUAUAGUCCUAGAAAUAGACCGACUGGAAGACCACGGCGUAGCAGAAGCCAUUCCGACAAUGAUAGAUUCAAACACCGAAAUCGAUCUUUUUCAAGAUCUAAAUCCAAUUCAAGAUCACGGUCCAAGUCCCAGCCCAAGAAAGAAAUGAAGGCUAAAUCACGUUCUAGGUCUGCAUCUCACACCAAAACUAGAGGCACCUCUAAAACAGAUUCCAAAACACAUUAUAAGUCUGGCUCAAGAUAUGAAAAGGAAUCAAGGAAAAAAGAACCACCUAGAUCCAAAUCUCAGUCAAGAUCACAGUCUAGGUCUAGGUCAAAAUCUAGGUCAAGGUCUUGGACUAGUCCUAAGUCCAGUGGCCACUGAUAGUAUAAACCAUGAUAUUUUUAGGCAUGUAUCAUUCAUUUACUCAUAGUUUGGUUUACUUAAAUUAUCAGGAAUACAAUGUUGCAAUGAUGCUUAAAAAACACUUGUCAGUUUUCCCUGUACCAGGCAAUGGUUAUAAUUAAAAUGAUAUGCUGUUGAGAAGCCACUCUUAAGAGUCCAGUUUGUUUAAUGUUAUGGGCAGCUACCAAUUCGUGGUGUCUCUGUAUAUUUUUGUAAAGAUUCUCAUUUUUUAUGCUUGAAGUAUUGGUGAAAAGAUGUUGGUUGACCAUAAUUUGCAACAUUGUCUUAUUAAAAAUAAACUUUCAUAUCCAUAUUUGGUAGAACUGUUAACCUAGAAAUGUAGCUUGCUAAUAAGAUAGAAUGAUAAAAAAGUGAAGUUGUAGCCACAGUACAACACUGACCGACCAGACACAUUUAGGUUCAGGGUGGACCUUUUUGUCUUGUCAAGAUGUCUAGGCCCGUGAUGAUAAUUUAUGGCACAGUGUGGAAUAGUUCUUUUGUUAACCCCCACUGUCUUGGGAAAUGACAACUGGGUUAAGUAGCAUUUUCAGGCAGAUUGUUUGAUUGAAACAAGGAGCCUUCACUUUCCUGGUUUCCAUGAAGAUUUGGAACCAUACAAACGUCGGAAAAACUCACCUUAAAAUUUGGGCAGGUUGAUGAUGGCAGAAAUAAUUUUAAGGGGAAAAGAAUGCUCUUACGUAGUUACUCUAAACUUUAAGGAGCGUUGUUGACCAUAAUGCAUAGUUUUCUUACUGCUGUUAAAAGCAAGUAAAGUGCUUCAAAGGAGGUUUUGUUUGUGAGUGCAUAGUAUAAAAGGACUGAAUUUUGAUGCUUAAAGCCCUUGGUGUGUGCAUUUGUAUCAAAAUGUGCCCAUCUCUUUAUGAAGGAAGCUUGUUCUUCACACCUCAGUUUAUUUAACGUGAGGCAAGUUAAAAAGCAACACUCCCAUUCUAAGUGAUUCUCUGGUGCCAUGAGAUUUAAAAUAACUUUGGAAAAAAUUAAUUUCAAGAAAGUCACAUCUCUUGAGUUUUUGAUUGAUUAUCAGUGUAGUACCUGAUAAAAAUAAGAAAAUAAUACCCUACUGUUUAUAAAAAUGUCUAACAUCUCUCUGUGAGAUCAUGUGGGGGCAAUAAAAAGUGACUUGAUAUGUCCAGUCUCAUUUCAGAGUAAAAGCUAGCAUCUUUAAAAUUUUAGAUUGCUUGCUUACAGGCAUAAGUAAGAAAUGUUGUGGGGAAACUAUCCCUUUUAGAGGAUUUUUUUCAGUUUUGGUUUUAGAGAUCUAGGCCUUGCCUGUAAAGAACAAAAGGUGGUUUUUAAAUACUGUUUGUGGAAUGUGUUUAAAGGAUUGAUUCUAGAACCUUUGUAUAUUUGAUAGUAUUUCUAACUUUCAUUUCUUUACUGUUUGCAGUUAAUGUUCAUGUUCUGCUAUGCAAUCAUUUAUAUGCACGUUUCUUUAAUUUUUUUAGAUUUUCCUGGAUGUAUAGUUUAAACAAAAAGUCUAUUUAAAACUGUAGCAGUAGUUUGCAGUUCUAGCAAAGAGGAAAGUUGUGGGGUUAAACUUUGUAUUUUCUUUCUUAUAGAAGCUUCUAAAAAGGUAUUUUUAUAUGUUCUUUUUAACAAAUAUUGUGUACAACCUUUAAAACAUCAAUGUUUGGAUCAAAACAAGACCCAGCUUAUUUUCUGCUUGCUGUAAAUUAAGCAAACAUGCUAUAAUAAAAACAAAAUGAAGGAAAUAAUGAUUAACUGGAAUUAUUAUAGUUUUGAAUGAGAUUCUAAAAUAACAGUGGAAACAAUUCUUUUAGAUUUAGGAGUAUUUUAAAUCAGUGUUGCACUAGGCACAACUUUUACUUUGGAAAUGAUAGAACUUGCCAGAAAGGUACAUCUUUUACAUAGUACUUAAAAUUUCCUAUGUAAUUUCAAAAGUUGUUUCAUGAUUGCAUAUUAAACCCCUUGGGUUAAAUAACUUAGGUUAUUUGUAGUGUUAAGAUAUGCAUUAAAAUGAAAUUUGAGUCAGAUUUUUAAGUUUAUAUUUUCAUUAUUAGAUGGACCAAUAAUUCUACUCGUCCCCAUCCUAAACAGGGUGGAUUGGGCCUUAUGUUUAUGGCAUGAUUUAAAAUAUUUUUGCCUUCAGUGUUGGUGAGCAUUCAAUGUUAAGUGAUAGUCACUGUGGGGAACUGGUUUAGGUGUUUUGUGGUCUGAGUUCUAGCUUUAUACUGAAAACAAGUAUAGCUGAUAUUUAUUAUGAUGUGCCAGACACUGUUCUAGUUUUAUGUAUUAAUUCAUUUACUCAUCAUGAACCCUGUAAGAAAGAUAAUUUUAUUUUCUCCAUGUCACAGAUGAUAAACUGAGGCACAAAGAAAAAGCUACAAAAGGCAGAUCCAGGAUUUGAGCUCAGGCCUGAUCCUUAGAUGAUUUUUUUUUUCUUAGUGGACUAUAAAUAGAGUAGAUUUAGGAAAUAACCCAUUGAAAUUGUUCUCAGUCCAUAUAGAAUUAGCAGGCCUGAUGUUUUUGGGUUUUUUAUGUGUCACUUAUUUUUAGAUUUUCUUGGGAACUUUAUAUGUUAUUUCUAAAGUGACAUACUUAACAUGGCUUCAAAGGGACUAUUAUAGUUGAACCCAGGGUAGGGAUCCUACUGAUACUUGAGGAUCCUUAUAGAGGGCUUUAAUGUUGGGUUACAUAGUUGUGUAAUUAUUGAGUAUGUACUAUGUGUCUGGCGCAACCCAGUAUUGGAGUAGAACAUAUCAAGACUCAAGUGAGAGCUGACAGUUCACCUCUCUUUUUACUUAAGAUCUCUCUGCAUUUUUUUUUUUUUUUUUGAAGCCAAGUAAACAAGAAGAAUAAUGACAGAUAAUGCUUAAGAAAGGAAAGUGCUAAAUAGAGUAUGAGCUCUUAAGUUACAACCCAGGAAAAAUACCUGGGAACUAUUAUACUAUUCUCUUGAAAAUUUGGCCCUGUAAGCUGCUACAUCCAGUUCAACUAACAAAAUCCUGUAUACCACAGAGAAGAAUAAAGAAAAACCAAACUGACAAACAUCCUUCUUUUAUUUAAGACCAAACUGCAGCUGGAAUACCCAGUACAGUUCUGCUUACUACACUUCAAGAAAGAUCUGAGAAAGCGGAAAAAGAACCAAAGAAGGGCAGUUCAAGCGACCAAAGGGUGGGUGGAAGGUGCUGCAGUAUGAAUACUGUACGAAUAUUUUGACUCUGGUCUGAAAAGAUAAAAGAAUGUUAUGGAAACUACAUGGAAUAUUUGAAGUCCCUUCAAGUUUGAAAGUAAGCAUUUUAGGACAAAUAAAAGGAAAUUCAACUUUGUACUUGUGGAAACUAAUCCCUAAAUCUGAAUAGGUUUAUACUGAUUCAUGGGUAACAGGUCCAUGUUAAAUUAUUGGAAACUAGGAUGUCUGAAUAUCAAGGAAGACAGCCAUAGUCUCUUACAGUGCCUCUAUUGGUCUGUCUCAAAGUGAAUUGGGUGAGAAAAGGUAUGGUCCAAUAUAAACUUGGUUAUCUCUUAAAGUCAGUUCUAUUUUUGCUAUUGGGAAAUCUUGCCUUUGUUUAUUAUUCCAGUGCCAGUGUUUUCUGCUAAUGCUUUGCUUUGUUGGCAUCUGAGUUUCCUUACUGGUAUGCCAUAUGUGGUUUACAUCCUCCUUAAACACGCUCCCUCGUAAAUUCCAAUUAUGAUACUUGACAUCCAGCUAAGAGGGUCCAUCUCUUCUCACCUCUUUCCUAGUCAGUAUAUACAGCAAACAUUUACUGAGCCCUUAGUAUGCCCAAAAAAUUGUACGGGGUAAUUGGGGAGGAAAACAGAUAAAACCCACUUAUUCAAUAAAUGUCUACUGAGCACAAUCUAGUGAAUCAUUACAUUGUGGCCUCAUUGUCUUGUUUGAGGUGUAUUAUAACAAUAUUUUACACCAUUUAUAUCCUAUGUAAUUAUAAAAUCCGAUAUAUUAUCAAAGAAGCAAUUUUGUGGUUAUUUGCCAUUUAAAAGUAUCCAGUAUUUGUUUGCAUCCCAUUAGUAACAAAUAAUGAAAAAAUGAUUUGUUUUAAUCUGUAAUAAACUGAUUUAUUGUGCAGUGACUGUAAUAUACUAGAGUUAUAUUUAAUUGUUAACUCUGCCUCCUCAGACACAUAUUAGGCAACAAUCCCCAAAAUAAGUAUUUAACUUUGCAUCAGAUGUAAAGGAGACUCUGGGUGCUAUAAUUAAGAUUUAUUUUGAGGCAGACAGAGAGCUGUUAAUUCCCAACUGAUUUAGUAUGUUCUGUAAUUGAGAAAAUGUUCACCAAAUUAUACUUUUUAGUGAUUUACAUGUACAUUUUAUAGGGGACAUGUUCUGUGUAUAGUGAAUAAAUAACUUUUGUAGUAUCGCAAAAUGUUUUGGAUUCCUUAGUUCCUCAUUAGGAUGUGCAGUUUACCUAUACAUUGAUUUCAUCACUUGCAUAUUUGUCUUAUUUCUGCUGCAUUUAAAACUUUUUAUCUAAAGUUAUUCCCCUAAAAAUAUAGAAGUGUUUAAGCCUUUAUAAAGAUUUUGAAAAUAUAGCAGAAUACAUCUAAGGGAGAUGUGAAAUGGAGGUAUUUUUACCCCUGCUACAUUUUUUAAUAUUUCAAACUUGCACAAGACCACACAGCAAGUAAGUGGCAGAUACUAGUUAGUGUCCAUGGUUUUUCAUUUGGUUCAUCUUUUUUAAUCAAAUAGGUAAAUUUAAUAACUUAAUACAAUUAAUACAAUGGAAUCUAGAAUUCACUUGCAAGAUUUAAUAGAUUUGUCAAAAUAAUUUAAUUAGAGUAUUUUUAACUUUCUUGGAUGAAAAAGAAGUUAAAUGUAAUCCAGGAUCAGCUGUUGACAGCAGCUAUCACUCACUCUCCAAUCUAGCUUCCCAAAUCUCAAUCACAUUGUAUUGCAUUUUGAACAUUCUUGUUUACAAAAUCCUGAGAUAUUUUGAAGUGGGGAGGCUGUGAACUUGAACAGCACAGUGGUAGCUCAGGAGUAACAGUGUUCAGCGAAGAGGUCUAUCAAAGCUUUUUACACCUGGAGUCCCAGGUGUAACUGUCCUCAUUGAUAAAUGAAGUCAGCAGACCAUUCACAACUACUAUCUGUAAGACGUAGCUAGCUGCUAUGGAAAAGGUUCGUAUUUGGGUUUUCCCUUUGUCCCUUUAGCAGUGUUGGUUAUGUUCAUUGUGUUGUUCCUCUGUAUUGUUAACAGUUGUUUCACCCUUAUGUUAAAGGUGGGAUUCUUUUAAUAUUUGGCCUAAAAAGCAAGGUGUGUAAAUUGACUUUAUUGAUAAUUGACAGAGUAGUUUGUAAAGAAGUAAAAGGCCUUUUUGUGUCUAGUUUUUUGUAGAGCACAUCUCUGAAUGCUAGAUAAUGAAAUAAAACUGGUCAAGGAUCCAAAAAA